GGGAGAGCAGCUUCCAGGGCUGGAGGAGGCUGAUAUCACCAAGUUCCCAUUCACUCCUGUCCCUGUGAAGGGUGAAGAAGAAAAAGAAGAUGAAGAGAAACCUCAGUCCUCACAGCUUCAUCAAAGCCAAACGGAACAGAUGGAAGCAGAAGCUGAAGGAGAGGACUGUGGAGGACCAGACUCAGCCAGAAACUCUGAUCCAGAUACUGUUUUACAACCGGAGACUGAAGACCGUGAUGCUGACUGGGAUGAAACCAGUGAACCCCAGUCAGGUUUAAACUCUCUGAGUGAUGCAACAUGUGAUACUGACUGGAAACGAUUCAGUUGCUUUGAGUACGGUGAAACCUUUUCCAACAAUCGUGGUGACACUGGUUUUUGGAAAGACAACAGGAAACCACAGCUUGAUUUAAACACUUUGAAAAAUAAUAUAAUACCAGCAGGUGAAAAGCGAUGUAAUAAAGACAGAAACUCAUUAGGCUCCCCUGAGUAUGGGAACAGUUUUACCCAAAAGAUACCCAUGAGAAUCCACAAAGGAGAGAAACUAUUCAGUUGCAGUGUUUGUGAAGGAAGAUUCAUUCGGCACCAUCAACUGAAAACCCACAAGUGUGUUGAUGGGUCCUCCCCAAAAACGGAUAAACGGUUUAGCUGCUCUGAGUGUGGGAAAGGAUUUUCUGUAAGGCGAGAUUUACGGAAUCACAUGAGAACUCACACAGGAGAGAAACCUUUCAGCUGCUCUGAGUGUGGGAAAGGAUUUUCUGUAAGGCGAGAUUUACGGAAUCACAUGAGAACUCACACAGGAGAGAAACCUUUCAGCUGCUCUCAGUGUGAGAAAAGAUUUACUGUACAGGGACAUUUGCAGAAUCACAUGAGAACUCACACAGGAGAGAAACCCUUCAGCUGCUCUGAGUGCGGGAAAAGAUUUAAUCUAAAGGGACAUUUGCAGACACACAUGAGAAUUCACACAGGAGAGAAACCCUUCAGCUGCUCUGAGUGUGGGAAAAGAUUUACUCAGAUGGGACAUUUGCAGAAACACAUACGAUCUCACGCAGGAGAGAAACCGUUCGGUUGCUCUGAGUGUGGGAAAACAUUUAUUCUGAAGGAAAAUCUGGACAUCCACAUUAGAACUCACACAGGAGAGAAACCAUUCAGCUGCUCCGAGUGUGGGAAAAGAUUUACUCAAAAGGGACAUUUACAGAAACACUUGCAAGCACACGCAGGAGAGAAACCAUUCAGCUGCUCUGAGUGUGGGAAAAGAUUUACUCACAAGGGAGCUUGGAAGACACACCUGAGACUCCACACAGGAGAGAAACCCUUCAGCUGCAGGGUUUGUGACAGAAGAUUCACUUGGUGUAAACAACUCAAAAACCACAAGUGUGGUGACGAGUCCUCACAUGGAAACCAACCUGAGGAGAACCGAGAGGCAGAGCCUCGAGCCAGCAGCUCAGCUGAACAGAUGGAAGCAUAAGGUGAUGGAGAGGACUGUGGAGGACCAGAACCAGCCAGGAACUCUGAUCCAGAUACUGUUAAACCACAAGGACUGAUCAUUUUCUGAUCCACUGUGGUUUCACACCACAACACACCUCUGCUUUUACUGCUUUUCACCUGGUGUAUCAGGUGAAAAGUAGAGAAUAACUUUCUUGGACGUUCAUGAGCAGCAGCUGUAGUUUAUCUAUUGAGGUAAUAAAGCUGCUAUAUCGCCGGUUUGUGGUUGGUCUGCUGACAGUAGAAAAGAGGGACAGCUGGAACAAGACAGCAGUGUGUGCCACUUUUAGUAAACUGACCAGUCUGGAUGUAGGAGACUAUUAUAAUAAAUUAUAAUGAAUUUACUUACAUCACAAUUUACAUUCUAUUAAAUGAACAUUACACUUUUUAUUUAAUUUUAUAACAUUGUUUUAGUACACUUAUUUGUACUACUUCCUCCAGGUAGAGUCUCUGCAGUGGUCAGAUGAAGAUUUAGCCAGAGCCAAGAUGCCAUUGUGCCAAUAUGUUCUCCUUCUAGCCUCCUCUUCCUGAGAGCAACACACUCCCCUUAUUCUCUUUUACUAAUUAAUUGUUAAAAAUAUUGUUCGUUAAUCUUGUUCACAUAAAGUGUGCCGUGAGUUGUGUGGGUGUUGCUGGUGGAUCAUGUGUCCGUCCCACUUUCCACAAGUUGCAAUUCACCAAUCACAGCAAAGUUUCCUGAUGAGUGAUCAGUGUUUUAAUAAGGUGUGUACAUGUUUUAAAAAUAUUUGCUAAUAUUUUAAGACCCAUGCCGAGUGUCUAGAAAUCAGGGUCUUUACUUCCCGAGUCCUCCACUGGUUUUACACAUAACUGCAUUCAAGGAGAAGGAGCACACAAACAGUAUAAACAGGUAUGCCAUAAAUUGUUUAAUAAACUCUGUGUUACUCUGAA